UUUCAUGAUAGAUAAGACCCACUGAUGACCGAAAUACACAUUACUGACGUGAUCUUUCUUAUUUAAUAUUUAUCCUAAGAUGGGUAGUUGUAGCCACAUAGUCCUUGGAAUCGCCCUAAUUCUGGUUGUACCUCUAUGUAGCAGUCUCAUAAUGCCAGUUACAGAAUUUUUCUGUCUGUAUUGCGACGAAGUCAGCGACCUUGCAGACUGCAGUUAUACAGAGGCGGAAAGAUGUCAUGAGGGAUGUUAUCUGGAGGUUCGUGGAGACUUCAGCGGACAUCACCAGCGGAUAAAGGCGGGCUGUGGAUCUUAUAAACAUCUUUGUCACCAUCACAAGCGCGGCGAUCAUGACUUCUGUGACUUUCACGUCUUGUGUCAUGGAUAUUGUGCUGAAUCCAAUGACUGUAACCGAAAUAUUUGUGACUUACCACUGUACGGUCAUUAUUCCCCAACAACAACCGUACUAACAACAAAAGCGACGACGAAGACCACUAUCAAAACAACACCACCGGCUACAACUACUCCAACCACUCCAAUACCUCCUUCAACACCACCGGCUACAACUACUGCAACCACUCCAAUACCUCCUUCAACAUCAUCGGCCACAACUACUGCAACCACUACAACACCUCCUUCAACACAACCGUCCCCGAAACAACAGACAAGCACAAGUGGAACAACAAUAACAACAAAAGUCUCAACAACACAGACGUCAACAACGUCGUCGAAACACGGCUCUUCCACCAACAGUAUUGUUUCCACAACCGGCUCUUCGCCCCAAACAACGACAGGACGAGCAGGAGUGCUGUGUGAAACCUGUAGUGGCCCCAUGUGCGGCUUGUUCCCUGUACAGACGGCAGUUCAGUGUUCUGGGGCCACACCUUACUGCAUGAACACACUGGUCAACCACCUGGAUACAACUAAAACCAUUACAAAAUCGUGCGCCACAGUGGAAGCGUGUAGAGCAAAAUGGUGGCAUCAAACCUCGGACAGGGGCGAAUGCACGGGUUUUAACCCAGGUCAGCCUAUAGCGGUUGAGUUUACCUGUAACUUCUGCUGUGUCAAAGACAAUUGCAACAAACCAAUAGUUCCUGCCAUUGACACACUUUUCCGGGAUUAAGAGGAUCAUGAUGCAUGGGAAUAGAGAUUAUAUUGUUCCAAUAAAUUGUUACCAAUGUUA